CAUCGUCGUCGUUGUAGGAAAAACUUCAUCGUUACAGCAUGGUAAUCAUUACAUUUGUAAUGAUAAUAAAUUAAUACAAAUUAUCGAAUGGGAAAGUCUACCGAAUGGUACAAUACGUCUAUUUGAAUUGGACGCUUAUUAUGAGAUUAAUGAUGUGAUAGAUAAAAUUGUAUCUGGUCCAUUUCGGCCAUUACCAUAUGAAUUGAAUCAAAUGAAUCCGAAAACUUUUGUCCUUUAUUCAACAAUUUUAAAUGAUGUAAUCAAAUGUAAUCGAACCAUAUGUUCAACAACAUCGACAUCGAUGAUGAUUAAAUCGAUUGAUUUUGAAAUCAAUGGUCUAACACAAUUAACACGUAUCGAUCAACAACAUUAUCCAAUGGCCAUUGGAUUAGUAUUUGAUUCUGAUCACAAUGUUUAUCUUAUUGUUCAUCAUACAAAUACUACGAAUCAAAGUGAUGAUGGUCAGCUAGAAUUUCGAUCAUUAAAUCGUACAUUUUCUGGUGGCCGUAAUCAACUGAAUCAAUUGAUUACGUUGCCAAACAAAUAUUUAAGUUUUAAUCGAAAAAAUCAAAUCUGUAUGAUUGAUUCAAUUGGUGUUAGUAAAUUUGAUCUUUGUAUGAAUGAUGUACACGAUGGUGAUAUACUUGGUUGUCGAUCAUUGACCACCAAUGUACAACAACAACAACAACAACAGCGAUCUACAUUCAAUUUGAACAUGUCCAUAACGAUUAAAUCGAGUUCCGAUGACAAUAUUUCAUCAUAUUAUCUGAUACCAUAUGCAAUUGGUAUAUUCAUCAUAACAAUGUUGAUCGUCGGUUAUGUUGUAUUGAAUUGUGAUAAAAAUUUUUGUCGUCAUUGUAAUUUCUUCACCAAUGGCAGUAGUAAUAAUGGUGGUGGUGGCAGUAAAGAUACAACAUUGAAAACGGAAGAUAAUCGAACACAACAACAACAACCAGCAGCAGCACAACCAGAAAUUAUGAAUGAUCAUGUAGAGUAGUAGUAGGUAGUCACGAAUGAUCAUCGAAUUCAAAGAAUUAAUUAUUCUGCAUGAAAAAAUUUAACAAUUUUAU